AACCACGACAUACGCGCCUCGGUUGCUGAUCAGGAGGGGCAUAUUCUUAAAGAGUGGGGGGAGACGUCAGAAGGGUUGUAUGAAGUGCUCGCCCAGAGCGGCACAAAGGCCAUCGUUGCUUGUCUUGACAACACCUACGCACAUUACACCCCGAAGCUUGUUGUUUUUCACUUCCGUUACCAUGUCGACUACACAUCUGUGGCAAAGCAGUCGGAGCUGGACCCGGUGGAGCGAAAAGUGGAGCAUAUUUCUUCCUUGAUGCGUCAGGUGGAGUCGCUUCAGAUGCUCUUGCGUACACAGCAGAAGGAGCAUCGGGCGACGGUGGAGGAGUCGAGCGAGCGCCUGCUCAUAUGGAGUGUGUUCCAGGUUCUUACACUUGUUAUCAUGAGUUGCUUCCAGCUGUACUUCUUGAAGCGAUACUUAGAGCGUAAGUCGUUUGUGUGA